ACAAACCAGAAGCUGUAAGAAGUUACUAUUUCUGGAACAGGAGAAGGAAAACAAAUUAAGUUAAAGUUAACUAUUAUUCUUCUGAUCUAUUGAGGUGUGCCAUAACCCAAAGCUCAUUUAGCUCCCAACAUAUUUCUCUUCCUUUUGAGGAUUUGAAAAGCAGUGGGAUCAAGCAAGAUGGAGUACUUGUGGACUGUUUUCUGUGGGGAAUCUGAUUGUUCAUAUAGUGGUGGAAAUCAAUGCAGCUCCAGUUUGGUUUCUAUCAUCUAUCCUUCGUCAUGUAUCAACGACAUGUUUGUCAUUUUUGUUGAUCUACUUCUUCUGUUAUUGCUCCUAUUCGACUUCUUUUGCAAGACAUUGCCAAGAAGAAUUCAACCUUCCACCCGCUUCCAAUGCUUUCACCUUUUACAGAUAUCUUCUACCAUUUUCAAUGGUGGUCUGGGGUUGGUUUACCUGAGUUAUGGGGUCUGGAUCCUAGAAGAGACACUGAGAAACGGACAUACUACUUUACCUCUGCAUCUGUGGCUAGUGAUGCUAUUUCAGGGCUUCACAUGGUUGCUGAUGUGUUUAACUGUGAGCCUUCGGGGAAAGCAACUUCCAAAAGCCUUUCUGAGGCUCUGGUCCAUACUUGCCUUCCUGCUAGCAGGAUUUCUGGCUGUCCUGUCUCUAUUUGUAGGGAGAAGAGUAACGAUUAAGACGGUGAUAGAUGUAUUAUCCUUUCCAGCAGCAAUUCUAUUGCUGCUCUACACUUAUAAAGGAUGUGAAUAUGGAGAAGUUGUUCAAAUGGACGGCAGAAGUUCUCUACAUGCACCCUUGAUUGGUCAAGACGGAGGCAACAGUAAAAUCGAUUCAUGUGGCAAUGUGACUCCAUUUUCCAGAGCUGGAUUUUUUAGCAGGAUUUCAUUUUGGUGGUUGAACCCCUUGAUGAAGAAAGGUAAAGAAAAAACACUUGAAGAUAAAGACAUACCCCAGUUGCGUGAGUUAGAUCGAGCAGAAACCUGCUAUUUGCUCUUUCUGGAGCAACUGAAUGUACAAAAACAAAGAAGACCAUCUGUACCACCUUCUAUUUUGUGGGCGAUAGUUUGUUGCCAUUGGAGAGAGAUUUUAAUUUCUGGAUCUUUUGCAUUGCUUAAGAUACUUACCUUGUCUGCCGGUCCUCUGCUUCUUAAUUCAUUCAUUAAGGUUGCCGAAGGGAAAGAAUCCUUUAAAUAUGAAGGUUUUGUGUUGGCAAUAUCAUUGUUCUUUGCAAAGUGCUUGGAGUCCGUAUCCCAGAGGCAGUGGUACUUCCGCACCAGAUUAAUAGGCCUCCAAGUAAGAUCUUUGCUAUCGUCAGCUAUUUAUAGAAAGCAACUGAGACUCUCAAAUGCAGCCAAGAUGAUUCAUUCAUCUGGAGAGAUAACAAAUUAUGUCACUGUAGAUGCUUAUAGGAUAGGUGAAUUCCCAUUUUGGUUCCACCAGACAUGGACAACAGUCCUUCAGCUUUGCAUUGCAUUAGUGAUUCUCUUUCAUGCUGUGGGACUUGCAACAAUCGCAGCCAUGGUUACGAUAGUAUUAACUGUGCUCUGCAAUACUCCUCUGGCCAAACUGCAACACAAGUUCCAGUCUAAGCUCAUGGUGGCACAAGAUGAGAGGUUGAAGGCCAGUACUGAGUCUCUUGUGAACAUGAAAGUAUUGAAACUUUAUGCAUGGGAGACCCAUUUUAAGAAUUUCGUAGAAAGCUUGAGGAAGGAGGAAUGUAAAUGGUUGUCAGCCGUUCAACUAAGAAAAGCAUACAACGUUGUUCUCUUUUGGUCAUCCCCUGUAUUAGUCUCAGCUGCUACCUUUGGAACGUGUUACUUCCUUGAAGUUCCUCUCUACGCUAGUAAUGUUUUCACAUUUCUAGCAACCUUAAAGCUUGUUCAAGACCCUGUUAGAACAAUCCCUGAUGUUAUUGCAGUGAUAAUUCAAGCAAAAGUUGCAUUAGCACGGAUUGUAAAGUUUCUCGAGGCACCUGAUCUGCAAAGUGGAAACAUCAGGAACAAGUGCAACAUGGAGGUGCUUGAGCAUUCAAUUUUUAUCAAGUCAGCCAAUCUUUCAUGGGAAGAGAAUUCAUUGAAGCCCACACUAAGAAACAUAAGUUUAGAGGUUAAACCUGGUGAAAAAAUGGCUAUAUGUGGAGAGGUUGGCUCAGGCAAAUCAACCCUUUUAGCAGCAAUUCUUGGAGAGGUUCCUUGUACUGAGGGCAAGAUUCAAGUUUAUGGAAAGAUUGCAUAUGUCUCUCAGACUGCAUGGAUCCAGACAGGAAGUAUACAAGAAAACAUCCUAUUUGGGUCCAAAAUGGAUUGGCAAAGAUACCAAGAAGUUGUUGAGAAGUGUUCAUUGGUAAAGGACCUUGAGAUGCUACCCUUUGGUGAUCUUACUGAAAUAGGAGAAAGAGGAGUUAAUCUAAGUGGUGGUCAGAAGCAGCGUAUUCAACUUGCUCGUGCAUUGUAUCAGAAUGCAGACAUUUAUCUUUUAGAUGAUCCAUUCAGUGCUGUUGAUGCACAUACUGCUACCAGCCUAUUUAAUGAAUAUGUAAUGGGAGCUCUGUCGGGGAAAACUGUCUUACUAGUGACCCACCAAGUUGAUUUUCUUCCUGCAUUUGACUCUGUUUUGUUAAUGUCAGAUGGGGAAAUCCUGCGUGCUGCUACUUAUCACCAGCUAUUGGCCACUAGUAAAGAAUUUCUGGACCUUGUCAAUGCGCACAAGGAAACUGCAAGUCCUGAAAGGUUGGCUGGGGUAGUUUCUUCCAAGGGACAUGAAACCUCUUCUAGAGAUAUAAAGAAGACUUAUACCAGAAAACAGUUAAAAGAAUCAGUACAAGAUCAGUUGAUUAAGCAAGAAGAGAGAGAAACAGGAGAUAUGGGUUUCAAGCCAUACAUUUUGUAUCUGAGUCAGAACAAGGGAUUCUUCUACAUUUCUCUUGCAAUUCUCACUCACCUCAUUUUUGUGGCUGGACUAAUAUCACAGAAUUCCUGGAUGGCUGCAAACGUUCAAAACCCUCAUGUUAGCAGAUUGAAACUAAUCCUAGUAUACUUGGCAAUUGGAUUUUUCUCAGUUUUCAUUUUGUUCAUCAGAUCUCUUGCUAUAGUUGCUUUAGGUAUCCAGUCAUCCAAGUCCUUAUUUUCUCAGCUACAGAACUCUCUUUUCCGUGCACCUAUGUCCUUCUACGACUCUACACCUCUGGGAAGAAUACUGAGCCGGGUCUCUUCUGAUUUAAAUCUCAUCGAUCUUGAUGUUCCAUUCAGCUUAGUGUUUACCAUUGGAUCUACCAUUAGUUCAUAUGCCAACCUAGGAGUACUGGUUGUUGUUACUUGGCAAGUCCUUUUUGUCUCUAUACCAAUGGUUUAUCUGACAAUACGCCUACAGAGGUACUACUAUGCUUCUGCAAAAGAGUUAAUGCGGAUAAAUGGCACAACCAAAUCUUUGGUAGCAAAUCAUCUAGCAGAAUCAAUAGCAGGAGCCAUGACAAUCAGAGCUUUUGAUGAGGAAGAACACUUCUUUGCAAAGAAUCUGGACCUCAUUGACACAAAUUCUACUCCGUUCUUCCACAACUUUGCAACCACUGAGUGGCUGAUUCAACGUUUAGAAAUGCUGAGUAGCACUGUUCUUACUGCCUCUGCACUUGCCAUGGUGUUGCUUCCUCCAGGAACUUUUGGCUCUGGAUUUAUCGGAAUGGCACUGACUUAUGGUCUCUCAAUGAACAUGGCCUUCGUUUACUCCAUUAAAAGCCAGUGCAUACUAACAAAUCACAUGAUUUCUGUAGAGAGACUAAACCAGUACAUGAACAUACCUAGUGAAGCACCUGAAAUUAUAGAGGCAAGCCGGCCCUCAACCAAUUGGCCUGCUGUGGGUAAAGUAGAGAUCCAUGAUCUGAAGAUAAGAUAUAGGCCUGAAUCUCCACUUGUUCUUCGAGGGAUCAACUGCACAUUCGAAGGUGGGGACAAGAUUGGAAUUGUUGGUAGGACUGGAAGUGGGAAGACAACUUUGAUCAGUGCUCUAUUUCGUCUCGUAGAACCAGAAGGGGGUAAAAUUGUCAUUGAUGACAUUGACAUCUCAACAAUUGGGCUACAUGAUCUGAGAUCACGUUUUGGGGUCAUACCUCAAGAUCCUACACUUUUCAAUGGAACUGUUAGAUAUAAUUUGGAUCCUCUAUCACAGCAUACUGAUGAUGAAAUAUGGGAGGUUCUGGGAAAAUGUCAGCUUCGAGAAGCUGUUAGAGAGAAAGAAGGCAGUCUGGAUUCAUUAGUUGUAGGAGAUGGAUCAAACUGGAGCAUGGGACAGCGACAAUUGUUUUGUCUGGGCCGUGUACUGUUAAGGAGAAGCAGGAUAUUGGUACUUGAUGAAGCCACUGCAUCAAUAGACAAUGCAACAGACACUAUUCUCCAGAAAACAAUAAGGACUGAAUUUGCAGACUGCACUGUUAUAACGGUGGCCCACAGGAUACCCACAGUGAUGGAUUGCACAAUGGUGAUUUCCAUGAGCGAUGGACUACUAGUGGAGUAUGACAAGCCAAUGAAGUUAAUUCAAAGAGAAGGAUCAUUGUUUGGGCAGCUCGUCAAGGAGUACUGGUCUCAUUUACAGUGUGCAGAUUGAGUUGCUACAUUUCUGAUGAAAAAAAUGUCACUAGGGAUAGGUUCCAGAGCAAAUAAAGGGAAGGUUGUGUAGUUUACCUUUAUGUAUCUUUAUUGUUGUACUCAUAUUAUUACAGUUUAUUGUUUCUUAACGGAAUAUAAGAUGUAUAAUUAGCAUCGACUUCAGAAGAUUUCCCUUAAGAGCAUCUUUAAAGAA